CGCCCAGCGCGGCGCCCGCCGUGGCGGAGGGGCUUUGCUUCGCUCUGCUCGCUCUCACGCGGUCCCUUUGCUGGAGGCCUGGCGGGCCGAGCCCCGGCGCGGGGCGACGUCGGGGUGCCAGCUGAGAGCGGGGCGCUGGCGCCGGCUUCCCGCGGAGGCAAUAACUCUGUCAUCAUGUCAGUCAGUGUCCAUGAGAACCGUAAAUCCCGGACUAGCACCGGCUCCAUGAACAUCCUGCUUUUUCACAAAGCUUCUCACCCAGACUGUGUCUUGUCCCAUCUGAACACCCUCCGGAAGCACUGCAUGUUCACCGAUGUCACCCUUUGGGCAGGAGACAGGUCGUUCCCAUGCCAUCGGGCAGUGCUGGCUGCCUCCAGCAGAUACUUUGAAGCCAUGUUUAGCAAUGGCCUCCGUGAGAGCCUGGACGAUGAGGUGAAUUUCCAUGACAGUCUGCACCCAGAGGUGCUCGAGCUGCUGCUGGACUUUGCUUACUCCUCUCGGAUCAUCAUUAAUGAGGAAAAUGCAGAGUCCCUUCUGGAGGCUGGAGACAUGCUUCAGUUCCAUGAUGUCCGAGACGCGGCAGCUGAGUUCCUGGAGAAGAACCUCUACCCUUCUAACUGUCUGGGCAUGAUGCUGCUCUCGGAUGCUCAUCAGUGCCGGAGGCUCUAUGAACUCUCCUGGAGGAUGUGCCUGGUCAACUUUGAAACUGUUCGCAAGAGUGAGGAUUUCAACAACCUUUCCAAGGACACUCUUCUGGACCUUAUCUCCAGUGAUGAGUUGGAAAUUGAGGAUGAAGAAAAGGUCUUCAAGGCUGUCAUGCAGUGGGUAAAAUACAAUCUGGAUGAGCGGAAGGCUUAUCUCCCAGAGCUUCUGAGGAACGUUCGCCUGGCCUUACUUCCUUCUGAAUGCCUCAAGAAAGCCUUGGCUUGUGAGGACUUGAUCAUGGUCGAUGAAAGGAACAAACUUGUCUUGGAUGAAGCUAUUCAGUGCAAGAAAAAGAUCCUCCAGAAUGAUGGAGUGGUCAUAAGCCCCUGUGCCAGGCCUCGCAAAGCUGGACACACCUUGCUGAUCCUGGGAGGACAGACCUUCAUGUGUGAUAAGAUCUACCAAGUGGAUCACAAAGCAAAGGAAAUUAUCCCCAAAGCAGACCUGCCAAGUCCACGGAAAGAGUUUAGUGCCUGUGCCAUUGGCUGCAAAGUAUAUAUCACUGGAGGUAGGGGCUCAGAGAACGGCGUCUCCAAAGACGUAUGGGUGUACGACACUGUUCACGAGGAGUGGUCAAAAGCUGCCCCAAUGUUAAUAGCUCGUUUUGGACAUGGCUCAGCUGAAUUGGAGAACUGCCUGUAUGUGGUUGGUGGACACACUGCAGUAGCUGGGGUCUUUCCUGCAUCACCUUCUGUUUCUUUGAAGCAAGUAGAGAAAUAUGAUCCCACAUCCAACAAAUGGAUGAUGGUGGCCCCUUUGAGAGACGGAGUGAGCAAUGCUGCUGUGGUAAGUGCCAGGCUCAAGCUUUUUGUCUUUGGUGGGACCAGCAUUCACCGAGACAUGGUAUCCAAAGUCCAGUGCUAUGAUCCGGUUGAGAAUCGGUGGACAAUCAAAGCAGAAUGCCCACAGCCCUGGCGCUACACUGCGGCUGCUGUCCUGGGCAGCCAGAUUUUCAUCAUGGGGGGAGACACAGAGUUCACGGCAGCAUCUGCCUACCGCUUUGACUGUGAAAUGGACCAGUGGACACGCAUCGGGGAUAUGACAGCCAAGCGCAUGUCGUGCCAUGCUUUGGCUUCGGGAAAUAAACUCUACGUGGUAGGGGGCUACUUUGGGACUCAGAGGUGCAAAACACUGGACUGCUAUGACCCGACGUCAGACACCUGGAACUGUAUCACAACAGUGCCUUAUUCGCUCAUCCCCACAGCUUUUGUCAGCACCUGGAAGCAUUUGCCAUCGUGAAGGUUAGGGCUAUGGGGCUAGUAUCCAGGAAUACAAUAAGAUACCAGAAUCGCAUUCAUUUCCCUUUCUGUCUGCCAGAGUCGAUGCAGUGACUGAGUCCCCUCCUGUCCUGCCCAGCACUACUCCAAGGAGCUACUUGCAUCCCUUCCCCGGCACUGGGAAUGGGGUGGGGGCAAAGCCGUCUUGCAACCAAACCAGUGCUGCAGAGGCCACUGAGCCGGCGUCGGAGCAGAGGACAGCGAGCUGGGCUGAGCCAGGAGCCCGGGCUGGGGCUUGGAGGCAGGGGUGUGAUGAUGACAUGGGGGUUGGUGGCCACCACAUGGCCCCUGGUGCAGAGCAGGAGCUGGGCUGGGCAAACCCAGCUCAGAGACGAUCGGGCCAAGGGACGCCGCUCCGGUGGGCACUGGGACCUGGUCUGUGUCCUAGGAGGACUUAGCAUGGGGAUCCUAUUAGGUGCUUUUUGUGUUGUUAUUGGGGAAGAAGAGGGUUGAGAGAUUUUAGGCUUUUUGAAGGCAGUGAACUUGCCAUUGGUGAUGCAGUGGCUCCAAUGCAAUGACAUGGCAUUGGUGAUGUUCGGGUGACUUGGAAGGGAUAUUUUUUUAAAAAAGAAAGAUUGGGGGGGGAGUGAAUUGGAGCAGGGCACUGUAUUUUUUUUCAGGGGGGAGGGGGGAUGAGGCCAAGGGAGGAGAUGAGAGCAGCGGGUGUUGACGUGGCACCUGGCUCUCUCCGGGGUGGGUGCCCACAGAGGCUGCUGCUCCCCGAGAGGAGCGGCCUGGGAAACGCCGACCUGUGGGAGCUUUGAGCGGCGAAACUAGGCAGAUGCCUUUUGUUUUGCACUUUGCAAUUUUUUUAUUCCUUUCCCUCUCCCCCGCCUCCCCUCGCCGCAGCUGGCCGCCUUUGGUCGGAGGCCCGGCAGCUCCCUGUGCUCGGCUGCCGUGGCUCUGUUAACGUGCCCGAAUCCCGCUAGCCAAGCCAAGAUGGUUCACCCGAUAAAGCUCACUGUGUGUUCGGAGCAGGUCUCCUGCGGUUCCCUGCUGCACUCUCCCAAUGGCACGUGAGUAAGGGUGAUCUUAGGAAAACGAGCAGGAACCUCACCGCACGCCCAGGUCUGCUGCACAAGGGCCUCCAAGGGGAGCCGAGCUUCACUGCAGGAGCAUCACCAAGCUGGCAUGGCACCCCGUGGCAAGGUGGAUUGGUGGACACCCUCCUUUUCCAUGCACUGCUCAGGCCCCAUCUCCAUCUCACCCUGGCAAGCCAUGAGUGUUGCUGGCCCUAAUUCGCUCCUGCUGGGUUCUUCUGUAGGAGACAACGAGCUCUCCGCAUCGCAGCUGCGGCAGGCUGACCGUGCCCUCCGGCUGCUGACUCUGUUUGAGUUUCUACACCCGAUAGUUACCAGUCUGAGUCAUGUGAGCUGAGGACAGGGGUUGUGGAUUAUGGGUGUCCACGCUGGGAAGCGGCUCCUUGCCGGCCUCUUUCACGCUGCGCCUCGCCGCGUUGCUCGGGAAUGGCAAUCCCAGCGUUCCUGCAGAUGCUCCAAGCUUGCCUUUCUCCAGUGGCUUAGGUUAAUCUGCAGCCUGGCCAGCUGCAUGAUGCAAUGCAUUGAAAAUCCUUGACGUUGCCUCAGAUAACAAAGGCCUUUUCGAGCCAGAAGUGCCCAUCGCUGCCAGGAAGAAAGCACUUCCUGCACAGCCCUUCUGCGAUGCUCUGAAUGACAUUUAUUUACAUUUUGUAGGGUUUUUUUUUUUUCCAGCUGCCUGCAAACUUUAAUAAAAAUGAUGAUCUGGGAAACCA